AUGUACUUAGCAAGAGUUAUCUCCCAGCCAGAGGGGAGACUCACAGAGCCACAGCGAAGGAGGAGUGUAGAAAAGAAAAGGGUUAGAGGAUGCAGUUUUAGAAAAGAGAGAGAAGUUAAGUGCUAUAUGCAGCAGUUACUUUCAGGUCUUCAGCAUUGUCAUGAGAGGGGAAUUUUACAUAGGGACAUCAAAGGAUCCAAUUUAUUGAUAGACAAAAACGGAGUGCUAAAAAUUGCAGAUUUUGGACUUGCAAAUUUUUUUCAACCUAAACCCAAAAAGCCACUUACUAGCCGAGUUGUUACACUCUGGUACAGAGCACCUGAAUUACUUUUAGGAUCAACUGACUAUGGAGUUGGAAUUGAUCUCUGGAGCACUGGAUGCUUAUUGGCAGAGAUGUUCAUUGGGAGGCCAAUCAUGCCCGGUAGAACGGAGGUUGAACAACUUCACAAGAUCUUCAAGCUUUGUGGCUCACCCUCGGAGGACUAUUGGCGACGAAGGAAGCUGUCAACUACCUUUCGACCACCACAAGAAUACAAGCCCAAUUUUCAAGAAGCUUUUGCUAACUUACCUAUGUCUUCCUUUAGUCUGUUGACAACAUUGCUAGCUUUGGAACCAGCAUACCGUGGCACCGCAACUUCAGCUCUUCAAAAUGAAUUCUUUAGUUCAAGUCCAUUGGCAUGUGACCUUUCAGGUCUACCAUCAAUUUACGAAGAGGAUGAGCCAAUUAUGACAAAUGAUCCAAAAAAGAUGAGGGCUCAUAGAAAAACGCAACAGCCUCAAAAGUAUUCUGGAGGUCACAAGAAAAAGGUCUCAAUUACUGAACCUGCAAAAGAAGAUUCUGGAUCUUUCAUAGAGGAGAGAUAUAGCCAAGAGCUGAGUAGCAGUUUUAGCAGCAUUUCCUUACAUAGAAAAUCAACCGGAACUGAUCAGGAGAGCCCACCUUCCUCUCCCACUCAAGCUUUUCGUGCUUACGGAAACCAAUAUACAAGAACUCAGGCACAUCCUAAUGCCAUGAAAAAUAUCAAGAACUUCCCCAUCUUGUAUGCCUCUAUGGGCAACCCCAUCUCGUUUGAAGACAACAGGCUGACCUCCAGCUCGUUUGAAGACAACAGGCUGACCCUCAACCAAAGAUCCAUCUCAACAGUUGAUCUUCGAACAGCAGACCUUGAGAAGAUAUCCAAACUCUUUGGGUUGGAGGAUAAUUAG